AUGGGAUUCAAUAAGUAUGAAGAAUCCAAAGAACCGGCAAACAGAUCAUGGAAGAUAAAACGAANACAAAUCACAGGUCUCUUCUGCACAAAGGACACGAGCCAUGUCUCACCAGCCAAGUAUCGAUGCACGGUAGAUGAAACAUGUGGUGACAAUGUGGCAAACGGCGAACUGCACACCGAACAGGAAGCCUCAUCCCCUGAUGUGUCCAGACUUCCAUCUCGAGAGAUAGUAAACUUGGGGAUCCUUUCCACUGAAUCUACCAACAAUCCUUUUGCCCCACCCGUGUCAAAGAUAUUGGGGACUUCCUCAAAUGGUGCCUCAACAGCUCCUAUCUGA